AUGGACAGCAUACGUACAUCCAUGAAGGCUAAAGCCGAGUCUCUCAAGAACAUGGUGGACACAGUGCUCUCAGAAAAUAUGGAAGAAUUAAACCAAAUAGAGAAGUCAUUACUUGUGAAAUUAAAGAGCCAAGAGAAGACAUUUGAUGAUUAUAUUGCCUAUCUCAAUGACCUUGUUAAGGAGUUCCAGAGUUACCUGUCCUCUACUGAGCUCUCUAACUUCACAACUCAACUUCCAGACAACUUAAAAAUAAAAUCCAUUCCAGAAACCACCAAACCUGUCACACCAGAAUUUUCAUCUGCUCAAUAUUGCAAAAAUGAUGUUGCUAAAUUAUUAGGGAAAGUAAAUAAAUCAGAUAGAAAGGCAGAACUAAGAAGAAUAAAGCCAAUGGAAAUUCCUCCUAUUGCUACAUCAAUGAAAUCUACAAGUAAACAGACAAAACAAGAUAAACACGUGAAAUCUGACAAGAAACAAACAAUGUCUCUAUAUGCCUCUGUCAUCAAGGCCAGGGAGUUCAUUGUACCAGGUGUUAGUAAUGUAUACCAUGUAUCACAAUGUCAAUCAGACAGACUCUGGAUCAGUGAUGAUAAUGGUAAUCUUGUCCAAACAGAUCUACAGGGGAAUGUGGUACAGAAGUUAGAAACCAGUGGUGAAGAUAAAGGUUACCACACAGUCACACAGGGCGGGGAUCUGAUCUUUACAGACAAAGACAAGAAAGUCAUCAAUAGGAUAACACAGGAUAAUAAAAUCACUGAAUUCAUUAAAACUGGAGACUGGAGUCCACUCAGCAUACACUCCUCCCACAUCAACGGGGACUUACUGGUAGGGAUGUAUGGUAAAGUCACCAGGUACAACAAGACAGGAAAAGAACUACAGAACAUACAAAGGGAUAACAAAGGACAGGAACUGUAUACAGCUCCACACUACAUCACAGAAAAUAUCAAUGGAGAUGUGUACAUCAGACUAUCAUAA